GGAAACCAACACAUAGAAAGGUAAAGGAACUUGCCAAAGGUGACGGUCACACAGCCAAAGAGCUGUAGAAGCAGCACAGGAAUACCAGCAAACUCACAGCCAAGCUCUGCUUUUCACCUUCACAUCAUACAGUCCUCAGACUAAAACCCUAACUCUGACCUUCCAAAUCAAAAAUCAUACUCAAGGCCGGGCGCGGCGGCUCAUGCCUGUCAUCUCAGCACUUUGGGAGGCCGAGGCAGGUGGAUCACCUGAGGUCAGGAGUUCCAGACCAACCAGGCCAACAUGGUGAAACCCCAUCUCUACUAAAAAUACAAAACUUAGCCAGGCGUGGUGGUGGGUUUCUGUAAUCCCAGCAUUUUGGGAGGCUGAUGAAUGAAAAUCACUUGAACCCAGGAGGCAGAAGUUGCAGCGAUCCAUGAUCAUGCCACUGCACUCCAGCCUGGGCAAGAGAGUAAGACUCUGUCUCAAAAAAAAAAAAAAAAUUGUGCCUAAUAAUAGCUUGGAAGAGCACAUAUCUUCUGUGAAGGUUGUUGGACUACAAUUAGCUUCAAAACACAAAUAAGUAACUGUGUUUAAAUGAGGCCUUCUGUGUAAUAACUAGGGAAAAUCAAUGUGGCUAUUCAAAUUUGUUUCCCCUUCCAGGCACAGAGAAGUUGCCCAUGACUCUGUGAUCCGUUUUGUCCAAUGAACCAUGAGCAGCAGCAGCAACUUGAGUCACCUCCAGGUGGAAGUGUUAAGAGGCUCUAUGAUCCACCACAUUCCCUUUCCCCUGAAGGGUGAUCAAGGACACAUGCAGAGAUGGGGCUUUUGUCAGCCUGGAUCCCUGAGUGAACACAAUGAACAGACCACCACACAAUGCCCUAACACAGCCCAGACAUGCAACGUGACCAAGAAUAAGCCUCACUGUGGCCAGGCAUGGUGGCUCAUGCCUGUCAUCCCAGAACUUUGGGAGGCCAAGGCGGGUGGAUCAUUUGAGGUCAGGAGUUCAAGACCAGCCUGGCUAACAUGGUGAAAUCCUGUCUCUACUAAGUACAAAAAUUAGCCAGACAGUGGUGGCAUGGGCCUGUAAUCCCAGCUACUCAGGAGGCAGGAGAAUCACUUGAGCCUGGGAGGCAGAGGUUGCAGUGAGCUGAGAUUGCACCACUGCACUCUAGUCUGGGUGACAGAGUGAGACCCUGUCUCAAAAACAAACAAAUACCUCACUGCAUGAAGCCACUGAGAUUUGGGGAUUGUUGUUACUGCACCAGAACCCAAAUCAUCCUGACCGCUAGGGUGUCCUAACUAGGGUUUCUUCCCAAAAGCAAAGGCAUUUUUAAAGUUCGUGACAUUUAAACAAAAGAGCAAAUACCAAUAUCUACCACUUUGUCAGGCUAACAAACCCAAACAAAGCCAACAGCCAGAAGUUAAAAUAAACAGAUCAUUAGGUUGAAAAUAGAACUGUAAAAACAGGCACAAUUGACUUCAUUUAGUGAUUGCAAAGAACAUCAGGCAAGACACAGGUGUGGUCAGCAUAACAUUUAUCACAUGCUUAAUUGCACAUGUUUGACUAAGAAAAACACAAAGUAUUUAAGCUCAUCUGUAGUUCAAAGUGCCUAUCCGUGUAUUUAUCUAUUCAUCCUGAUGUAUUUAUUGAGCAACUCUUUUGUGCCAGUCACUGUGCUGUGUUGCGGGAAGUCAGGGACCCCAAACGGAGGGACCAGCUGAAGCCAUGACAGAGGAACGUGGAUUAUGAAGAUUUUAUGGACAUUUAUUAGUUCCCCAAAUUAAUACUUUUGUAAUUUCUUAUGCCUGCCUUUACCGCAAUCUCUAAACAUAAAUUGUAAAGAUUUCAUGGACACUUAUCACUUCCCCAAUCAAUACCCUUGUGAUUUCCUAUGCCUGUCAUUACUUUAAUCUCUUAAUCCUGUCAGCCGAGAAGGAUGUAUAUCAUCUCAGGACCUGUAAUAAUUGCGUUAAGUACACAAAUUGUACAGCAUGUGUGUUUGAGCAAUAUGAAAUGUGGGCACCCUGAAAAAAGAACAGGAUAACAGCAAUUGUUCAGGGAAUAAGAGAGAUAACCUUAAACUCUGACCGCCGGUGAGCCGGGCAGAACAGAACCAUAUUUCUCUUCUUUCAAAAGCAAAUGGGAGAAAUAUCGCUGAAUUCCUUUUCUCAGCAUGGAACGUCCCUGAGAAAGAGAAUGCGCACCUAGGGGUAGGUCUCUGAACUCGCCCCCCGGGGCGUACCUGUCUCUUAUGGUCGAGAUUGCAGAGGUGAAAUAAACUCCAGUCUCCCAUAGCACUCCCAGGCUUAUUAGGAAGAGAAAAUUCCCACCUAAUAAACUUUGGUCAGACCGAUUGAUCUCAAAACCCUGUCUCCUGAUAAGAUGUUAUCAAUGACAAUGGUGCCAAAACUUCAUUAGCAAUUUUAAUUUCACCUUUUGCAUCUCCUCGAAAUGUCUGCCUUUGCACACUCUCCCUGAAAGAGGAGAGCAAGGGAGCCAGGAUAGAAAGUGAGGUGGAGAAGGGUAGAGCUCUGGACGGACAAGCAGGAGAUACACAGCACAACGAAGCACACUAGGUAACAUACCAAGCAGGGGAACCUGUCUUUCGCUACAUAGGCAAGAUGCUACAGGAAAUGGGCUCUGGGUUUACACAGAUUAUGACUCAAUUCUCUACUGUUGUGAAGCUGUGUUUGGAUAAAUCCCUCAACUUUUCUGAGUCUUAUUUUUUCAUUUGUAAAAUGUAGAUAGAAGACCUACUUUCCCACAUUGCUCUCAGGUUUAAAGUACGUCAAUUAGGAUACAGCAAAGUCUGUUUGAUACUGAAAACUUUCCAGCAAGAAUGAACCUUAGAACAAGUCAUCUCUCAUCUUUGCUCUUGCCUGUAACUACUAAGCGACUACUCCAUCUUCUGUUCUUAGGGAUUUUAAAUUGUUGGCGUUUUUGAUUUAGUCAGGAAUGCGUUGUAUGGGGAUAUCAAACCUGCAUGUUCUCCAAGCAUUGACUGUAGUCUGAUCAUAGUAGGUCGUGCACAUAUAAUUUUACUAUUUCUCAAUUUAUUUCGGUGCUGAUGUAAUUAGUAAAAUACGAUUUAAGAGUGUUAUGAUACUUUUUUUAAAUCGUGAUGUCUUUUCUUCAUCAAAGAGACUUAAAAGCACAUAAUCAUCUUGUGGAGGCAAGUUGACAAAAUCCUUUUUGAGAUUCUAAAAGGAAUCUUUGUACUUAAAAUGUUUAAGGACCACUGAUGUAUUUUGGCUUCAUGUAUCAAUUAGAUUUAGAUUUUAUUGUUUUAGAGAUGGGGGUCUCCCUUUGUCGCCCAGGCUGGAGUUGAGCUCACCUCAGCCUCAAACUCCUGGGCUCAAACUAUCCUUCUGCCUCACCCUCCUGAGUUGCUGGGACUACCAUGGUGUGCCACCAAUUUUUAUAGAGAUGUGAUCUCGCUGUGUUUCCCAGGCUGGUCUUGAACUCCCGGUUUCAAGUGAUCCUCUUGCCUUGGCUUCCCAAAGUGUUGGGAUUACAGGCGUGAGCCACCGCUCCUGGCCCCGAUUUAUUAAUAGAUCUUAUAAGGACAUUUUAGGCCUCACGCAUCAGUUUCUUAGGACAAGCUUUUCUCUGCACUGCAUAAUAAAUCAGACGGUAGUGCAACAAAAAAACGGUGAUGAUUUCCCGAAGAACAAACCAAGUUCAGAAGCCUCCCUAAUUGUCAGAACAGCAGGUAGCCUGGGCGGAGCUCUGAGGCUAUCCUUAAACAGGCGCACUGAGACGCAAGGCGCUGGAAACAAAAGAGCUCCUCCUUGCGCCCUCCCGCCGCCCCACUUAGUCCUGCUCCGCCCCGGACACCCCGCGGCCCCGCCCCUGUGCGCGCUGGUUGGUCCUCGCAGGCAUGAUGAAACUUCCCGCACGCGUUACAGGAGCCAGGUCGGUAUAAGCGCCAGCAGCCUCGCCGCCCGUCAAGUUGUCCACAUCCCUGGCCUCAGCCUGCCACAUCACCCUGACCUGCUUACGCCCAGCCUGUGGACAUUUUCGCGGUCCGGGUCCCUGCGGCGGACGGGUCGGAUCGUGCUCGUGGCCAGGGCGCAGUCAGGUGUCGCGUGGUCCUGAUCUAGGAAGAAGAGACUGCGGCCUUAUCACCGUCUCGGUGUCUGCUUUCACCUUCAACUGCCCCCCUCCUCACCUGGACCGCUCACCCUCCUCCUCCCCUCUCACCCCGCCAUCCCCACCAGUCCCCACCCGUCUCUGUAGACUGCAAGACUCAGCAAGUGACUUGCUGAGCAAACCCUGCCGAGAAGAGAUUUUCUUCAAUCACAUCUGAAUAAAUCACUUGAAGAAAGCUUAUAGCUUCAUUGCACCAUGUGUGGCAUUUGGGCGCUGUUUGGCAGUGAUGACUGCCUUUCUGUUCAGUGUCUGAGUGCUAUGAAGAUUGCACACAGAGGUCCAGAUGCAUUCCGUUUUGAGAAUGUCAAUGGAUACACCAACUGCUGCUUUGGAUUUCACCGGCUGGCGGUAGUUGACCCGCUGUUUGGAAUGCAGCCAAUCCGAGUGAAGAAAUAUCCGUAUUUGUGGCUCUGUUACAAUGGUGAAAUCUACAACCAUAAGAAGAUGCAACAGCAUUUUGAAUUUGAAUACCAGACCAAAGUGGAUGGUGAGAUAAUCCUUCAUCUUUAUGACAAAGGAGGAAUUGAGCAAACAAUUUGUAUGUUGGAUGGUGUGUUUGCAUUUGUUUUACUGGAUACUGCCAAUAAGAAAGUGUUCCUGGGUAGAGAUACAUAUGGAGUCAGACCUUUGUUUAAAGCAAUGACAGAAGAUGGAUUUUUGGCUGUAUGUUCAGAAGCUAAAGGUCUUGUUACAUUGAAGCACUCCGCAACUCCCUUUUUAAAAGUGGAGCCUUUUCUUCCUGGACACUAUGAAGUUUUGGAUUUAAAGCCAAAUGGCAAAGUUGCAUCCGUGGAAAUGGUUAAAUAUCAUCACUGUCGGGAUGAACCCCUGCAUGCCCUCUAUGACAAUGUGGAGAAACUCUUUCCAGGUUUUGAGAUAGAAACUGUGAAGAACAACCUCAGGAUCCUUUUUAAUAAUGCUGUAAAGAAACGUUUGAUGACAGACAGAAGGAUUGGCUGCCUUUUAUCAGGGGGCUUGGACUCCAGCUUGGUUGCUGCCACUCUGUUGAAGCAGCUGAAAGAAGCCCAAGUACAGUAUCCUCUCCAGACAUUUGCAAUUGGCAUGGAAGACAGCCCCGAUUUACUGGCUGCCAGAAAGGUGGCAGAUCAUAUUGGAAGUGAACAUUAUGAAGUCCUUUUUAACUCUGAGGAAGGCAUUCAGGCUCUGGAUGAAGUCAUAUUUUCCUUGGAAACUUAUGACAUUACAACAGUUCGUGCUUCAGUAGGUAUGUAUUUAAUUUCCAAGUAUAUUCGGAAGAACACAGAUAGCGUGGUGAUCUUCUCUGGAGAAGGAUCAGAUGAACUUACGCAGGGUUACAUAUAUUUUCACAAGGCUCCUUCUCCUGAAAAAGCCGAGGAGGAGAGUGAGAGGCUUCUGAGGGAACUCUAUUUGUUUGAUGUUCUCCGCGCAGAUCGAACUACUGCUGCCCAUGGUCUUGAACUGAGAGUCCCAUUUCUAGAUCAUCGAUUUUCUUCCUAUUACUUGUCUCUGCCACCAGAAAUGAGAAUUCCAAAGAAUGGGAUAGAAAAACAUCUCCUGAGAGAGACGUUUGAGGAUUCCAAUCUGAUACCCAAAGAGAUUCUCUGGCGACCAAAAGAAGCCUUCAGUGAUGGAAUAACUUCAGUUAAGAAUUCCUGGUUUAAGAUUUUACAGGAAUACGUUGAACAUCAGGUUGAUGAUGCAAUGAUGGCAAAUGCAGCCCAGAAAUUUCCCUUCAAUACUCCUAAAACCAAAGAAGGAUAUUACUACCGUCAAGUCUUUGAACGCCAUUACCCAGGCCGGGCUGACUGGCUGAGCCAUUACUGGAUGCCCAAGUGGAUCAAUGCCACUGACCCUUCUGCCCGCACACUGACCCACUACAAGUCAGCUGUCAAAGCUUAGGUGGUCUUUAUGCUGUAAUGUGAAAGCAAAUAUUUCUUCCUGUUGUAUGGGGACUAUGGGUAGAUAGGGGAACAAUGAGAGUCAACUCAGGCUAACUUGGGUGUGAAAAAAAUAAAAGUCCUAAAUCUAAAA